GCGCUGGGAAAGGAAACCUUCUGCUCCCCGGGCUCGGGGCAAGUGCCCGCAGGCUGCCUUCCCCGGCAGCGGCGCUCAACCCAGCAGGCUCGAGGGCACUGAUCUGUGGUUUCCCUCCCAUUGGCUGUCCUGCGUGGGUGCCAAGUUCCACACGUGACUGAAUGGAUCAUAAGGAGAUGUCAGUGAAAAAAAGGGUCCAGAAUGAUUACUAACCUAUGACUCCCAACAGUAUGACAGAAAAUGGCCUUCCAGCCUGGGACAAACCGAAGCACUGUCCAGACCAAGAGCACAACUGGAAGCUAGUAGGGAUGUCUGAAGCCUGUCUGCACAGGAAGAGCCAUGCGGAGAGGUGCAGCACCUUGAAAAAUGAACAGUCGUCGCCACAUCUCAUCCAGGCCACUUGGACUAGCUCGAUAUUCCAUCUGGACCAUGACGAUGUGAACGAUCAGAGCAUCCCAAGUGCCCAGACCUUCCAAACAGAAGAGAAGAAAUGUAAAGGGUACAUCCCCAGUUACUUAGACAAGGACGAGCUAUGUGUAGUGUGUGGUGACAAAGCCACAGGGUAUCACUACCGCUGCAUCACGUGUGAAGGCUGCAAGGGUUUCUUUAGAAGAACCAUUCAGAAAAAUCUCCAUCCGUCUUAUUCCUGUAAAUAUGAAGGAAAAUGUGUCAUAGACAAAGUCACACGAAAUCAGUGCCAGGAAUGUCGCUUUAAAAAAUGCAUCUAUGUUGGCAUGGCAACAGAUUUGGUACUGGAUGACAGCAAGCGGCUGGCGAAGAGGAAGCUGAUCGAGGAGAACCGAGAGAAGAGGCGGCGGGAAGAGCUGCAGAAAUCCAUCGGGCACAAACCAGAGCCCACAGAUGAGGAGUGGGAGCUCAUCAAAACUGUCACGGAAGCCCAUGUGGCCACCAAUGCCCAAGGCAGCCACUGGAAGCAGAAACGGAAAUUCCUGCCAGAAGACAUUGGACAAGCACCAAUAGUAAACGCCCCAGAGGGUGGAAAGGUCGACUUGGAAGCCUUCAGCCAUUUCACAAAAAUCAUCACACCAGCAAUUACCAGAGUGGUGGAUUUUGCCAAAAAGUUGCCUAUGUUUUGUGAGCUGCCAUGUGAAGACCAGAUAAUCCUCCUCAAAGGCUGCUGCAUGGAGAUCAUGUCCCUUCGUGCUGCUGUGCGUUAUGACCCCGAAAGUGAGACUUUAACCCUGAAUGGGGAAAUGGCAGUGACACGGGGCCAGCUGAAAAACGGGGGUCUUGGGGUCGUGUCAGACGCCAUCUUUGACCUGGGCAUGUCUCUUUCUUCUUUCAACCUCGAUGACACUGAAGUAGCUCUUCUUCAGGCUGUCCUGCUGAUGUCCUCAGACCGCCCAGGACUCGCCUGUGUUGAGAGAAUAGAGAAAUACCAAGAUAGUUUCCUGCUGGCCUUUGAACACUAUAUCAAUUACCGAAAACAUCAUGUGACACACUUUUGGCCAAAACUCCUGAUGAAGGUGACAGACCUAAGGAUGAUUGGCGCCUGCCAUGCCAGCCGCUUCCUGCACAUGAAGGUGGAAUGCCCCACGGAACUCUUCCCCCCAUUGUUCUUGGAAGUGUUCGAAGAUUAGACAGACUGAAUUCAUUCCCAUAAUUCCUAUAGCACUGUUGGGUGUCAUUUCAUUCCAUUGCCUAGAGCUCUCUUUUGUUUGUUCUUUCAUUUCUUUGUGUUGGGAGGGAUUGUCUGGGGGUACAGGGAGGUAGUCCUUGGCAUAGACACGGAUGAAACCAUCCCUUGAAUUCGGGUACUUGUAACUAUUGUAUUUUGUUCUCCCGUCCUUUGAUGUGAAUACUUGGAAGGUUUUACAGUGGUGGAGGUGGGGUGGGGACAAUUAUUAAUUCACCAGCACCAAGUCAUCACCAGCUCCCAUCUGUCCCGGGUCAGAGACUCAAGAAAGCAAAAUGGCACAGCAGAAGACUAAAGAAGCCUUAAUACUGAGAUAAUAUAGUCAUCUUGACCCAAUCCUGAGUUUUGCAGAGCUAAAUGUGGCUCUCCGCUUUCUAGGGAAAAGUUUGAAUGAAUUUCUACCUACCCAUGCAAAAGCAUGCUGUUUUCACACUCUUCAUUCUCUCCCAGGAGCAUAACUUGGAAUGUACAGAGAUAUUUAUUCCUGAAAAAGAAGAUGUCCUUUCACUGUAAUUUUUAUAAUCCUAUGAUUUAAUUCAAGUUACUCAAGGGUGUAGACAGGUAUUUGAGUGAGGCCAAGAAGGAAAACCAUUUUCUUCUGCAAGCCCAAAGAAAUUAGACAUCUUCACCAAUGUCAUUGAUGCAACAGUUUCCCAAAAUUCACAUAAUAUUACCUCAUCGUAGGAAGCCUUCUUCACAAUUUUGACUCAGAAAAUUUCCACAGAAAUCAAACCCACUGCAGAGUAUUGUCACUUUUCAAAGACAUCAGAUCCACCACAUCCCAAACUCCUGAAGUUACGUGUUCUGAUGACAUCUUUGCUGAGCUGACAACAGAAUUCACUGUGGUCCAAAUCUUCUAAGAGAGAGAAGAAGGCAAAAUUUUGGUCUUGUUCUGGAGGAGAGAUGAGUACAGUUGCAUUCUGAGCUGCAGGAAAUGCAGUGUUCCAAGAGUCCCCUUCACAAAUGGAUGUUUUGGGGAUGCUUCCUUCUCAUCUUAGGUCCUCAAGCUUUUUGCUCUACUGGAAAACAUUUCCUCUCCCCUUUUCCCAUGGACCCUGGGGCUUGACUAUCACUAAGCUAAGUCUGGUCUGGUCACUGACCCUCUCUCUUCCUCUUAUAGCUUUUCCCUGACAGAUAUCCAACGGAAGACACUGGCAGACCAUGAAUACAACCCUUCCCUCUCCUUGCCUGCCCUGCCUCCCCAUGACAAAUGCUGGAGUCGCUUGUGCCCAGAAAACAAAUCGUAAUUCCUCAUCACUUCAGCGUCAGAAAAUGGGCAAAGAAUGUACCCAGGCAACUGAAUGUAUCUUGUUCUUCACUGGCGUAGUAGACAUGAGCUAUCCCAUUGCCUGCCUUUUACUGCCUUACCCUGGAAAUAUUGGGGGAAAAUAAGCCAUAUCAGUUUGAUUGACCUGAAAGCAAAGAAAUGAAAUUCACUGUGAAAACCAAGUGGGCUAAUUUUUUAAGUUUGGUGGGGCCUAACAGACCCAGACAUCAGGGUACCUGAAUUUUAGUUGGUGCACUGUCAAGUGAUAGAUCUACGACCUUGGAUCUUGGUUUUCUCAUGUAGUGAAUACAUAAUGAAAUAUGAAACCCAUCCAACCUUUAAUAUGUAUGAAUUUCACGGGAAAGAAUCUGGUUCUUUGGACGGUUUCUUUCGUAUUCAAAUUUCUCUCUGUAUUAGACAACAAUUAUGGCCCUCUUUGUAGGCAAGGAAAGAUAUUUCGUUCAAAAUAAGAAUCUAGUCAGCUAUUUAGAAGACAGGAUGGCCUUGGGAAAAGGAGAGGAACAGCUUUGAGAAUCUCAAGUUUGACAGGAAAUAACCUAUGAGUAAAAUCACAUGUCUGAUGCUCUGAAGUAACUGCACUGCCUUCUGGGGAGAAGGAAACAACAUCAUCACUGUGGAACUUGCCAGCCAGAGAAAAGAAGUAGGUGAAGAGAGGAAAAUUAUAAGCACGAAAUUCAUGAACCUAUUGCCUGCUUUGACUUUAUCUGCAAACAGAUUUUGUUUCUCUUUUUUGGUGGAGAUGGGGGUUGUUUUCUGGACAGUCUCUGCUACUCCUUGUUUUGUUAACAUCUUGGCUUCCUCUGUUGAGUCUCCUUAGAUAACUUCUCUGAAACAAAUAGCUUAAUUGCCACCAGCACUCCAGAGUUACUCUGAGAAGCUUUGUGUGGGGGGGGUAAAUUUUCUUCAGAAUAGAAUGAGAGGAAGGCAAUGGGCAGGGUACAGGAAGGGUUCAGAGUCUCCUGGCACACUAGGCCUUCCAGGGAAAGUUUCCUCAAUUUAUUUGGUGGAGAUUCCUCAGUAUAUGAGACACCCCCAGAUUCCAAUGUAUGCACACACCUAUCUAAAGCCGAUUAAGAAUGCUUUGGGGAUUAACCGUUACUGGGUAUUGGCCAAAUGGUACAGUAUGUCUACAGCAAUCCAGCUGACCCCAUGUAAAUUUCUACUUGAUCCUCAGUUUCUUGAAGGAUUCCCUUAAACAGGCAAAACAAUGACCUGAAAGGAAGGCUGACUAUAUAGAGGAAAAUAAGCCUUAAAAUACUUCAGGUUGAAACGAAAGGUUAUAAGGACUCAAUGGAUCAUAACCCAGUGGUCAAUGCGACCAGCUCAUUCCUUUUGUAACUGAUUGAGGUAUUAGUGCAUCUUAAGACUACAUCUCAUAAAACUCAUAAGGAGGAAUUUGCUCUUUUUUUUUUUUUUUGACUUUUUUUUCUUAUAUUGUCCGGACUUUCAAAUCAAGUGUGGACCUGAUUGAAAGCCCCCACGGGGGAUGGGGGGGUGAUAUCCCAGUAGAGGUGCAUACACCCAUCCAACUGGGAUUCUAUUUAUAUAUGACUUAACUUUUAAGGGAUGAGUGGUGUGUGUGUGUGUGUGUGUGUGUGUGUGUGUGUGUGUGUGUGUGAGUGUAUGUUCGUAACCCUCAAGUGUACUUUGCUCUUCAAUAUAGAUGUGCAGUAUUUCCAGAAAUAGUGAAAAAAAGUAAGAUCCUUUCUUCUUUAUGAAUCUGCUCAAAAUACCACGUGCUGCCUCAGAGCUUUCUCUAGUCAAACGAGCCUCGGUCCUCAAUGAUGCGCUUGCUGUGUUGAAGCCUCAGCCCAGUGAAAACCCAACCUGUGCCCCAGUGACACCUCGUCCAUCUGCAGCGCGGUCAGCAGGGUGGACCGCCAGGCCCGGCUCUGCUCCAACAAGGUCAUUCUCAUUGCUCUUCCGUGAACAGGUGUGCAAGCCUUGGCCCCUCCUCAACACCGAGCCCCCACCCCACACACACAGACUCAGCCUCCACGGAACUGCUGAGCACCCUCAGCGCAUGUCAUUCAUUGUCAGUGAUACAUUUUUAUUCUAUGGAACUCUAACCUAUUCGUGUCAUAUUGACCUUUUGCUGCAUGAGUAAUAAAUUAUAAAUCAGUCUUAUGGUUUUUGAAAUGUAGCCAGCAUUUGUAAGGCUAAACCUUUUUCAUAAACUGAAUUUAAGUGAAUAACCAAGCCACAGUUCCUCUUCAAAAGGAGAGUGCUUAAAGACCUUGGAAUCUCUUUGCCCUUUCCAAAGGCUAUGGCAUCAGGUUCUAAAAUAAGCUCGUAAUUUUCCUGUUAUUUUAAUAAUAUGGAAAUACUAGCCUAGUGUUUCUUUUGAUAGUGAUAGACUAUAAUCCAUAUUUAAAUUUUAUAGAGAAAAAAUUUUAUUGUACUGUGAUGUAGAUAUUUAUUAUCCAGGUAAGGAUUUGCCCGGUGUGUAUUUUUUACAAUUGAAACAUUUUACCUUAAUCUUUAAAAAAAAAAAAAGUUAAAAACACACACACAAAAAAAAAAAAACCCACAAACUCGGGGGAAAAAAGGUUUGGCCUUAUCACAGAAUUUUUACUGUGCUGUAUAAAUGUUUGCAAAUGCAAAAAGUGUGCAUUUCUAGUGUGUCUCCACAUUAAUUAAUGCCGCCUUCAAGAGCAAUAUCAUGUAGGCAACACGCUGUUUGUGGCUUUCUGUUGCACAGUUAAAGCUGACCCAUUUUAUGCACAAGACAAUCAAAUAUAAAUCUGUCCUUCUCAGGAUGCAGAUAAUACUCAUGUAAAUUACGGAGCACAGUGUAAGACAAAAGAAGACUUUAUUUAAUUACACAUGUAUUGUUGAUACAGAAGAUAUCAGGGCAUGAAUGAGCUGAUAUUAUGCCACUUCUUUCUUUUGGUUCUUCCUAAUUAACCUGAUAUUUUUCAUUUAAUUUUUAGAGCCAAAUUAAUUCUCCAUCUUUCUUCAGAAAAAACACUACCCCCCCACACACACACAUACAUACAUACACAAUGUCUUCAUGCCCUGAAAAUCAGAAAAAUACUCAACAGGAAACGAUUUACAGUCAUUGGAAGAUUUGUGUUUUGCAAACAGUGUUAAGUGAUAUUGCUAGAUUGGUAAUAUUUUUUUCAGCCUAAAACUGUUGAAAUCUGUGAUCAAUCUGUUUUAAACUAUCCAAAAAGGAAAUUUGUAUAUUUGGAAAAAUGGAUUUUUACAUAGCUUUUGUAUGCAGAUAUUAAAUUGUAAUUAUGAAUAUAGUGGGCGUAGAUAAACUC